GGUGUCGGCAGAGACAGCGCCGGCCGCCGCCGUGCCGGGAGCCGGGGAGCCUGCAAAAGGGGUAGCAAACAUGAGGUCGGGGUCAGAAGAGUCAGUCCCCUUACAUGAAGAAUUUAUCUACUGUUGUGGAGCUGCUACCCAUGUCUUAAAGUGUGGGCCCUGGAAAGACCUCUCAAAAGAUGAAAGUAAAAAUCUACCCAGGCUCUUGUUCAUGAUUAUUCCUGGUAACCCUGGACUGGCAGGUUAUUACAGGACCUUUAUACAGGCCCUUUAUUGUGGACUGAACCAGCAGUAUCCUGUCUGGGUUGUGAGCCAUGCUGGACACUGUAAACCUCCGAAUGGGAUGGAAAUGAUCGAAGAUACAGAUAUUAAGGAGCUAGAGGAUGUUUUUGGACUUAACGGACAAGUAGAGCAUAAGCUGAACUUCCUCAAAAAGAAUGUAUCAAAAGAUAUAAAGCUGGUGCUGAUUGCUCAUUCUAUUGGUUGCUACAUCACCCUGGAGAUGAUGAAACGAGCAUCAGAACUUCAGGUGCUGCGCUCCGUGCUGCUGUUCCCCACCAUCGAGCGCAUGGCUCAGUCCCCGCAGGGGAAGCUCAUGACCCCGCUGCUGUGCAAGCUCCGCUACGCCCUGUACAUGCCCGUGUACCUGCUCUCCUUCCUCCCCGAGGGACUCAAGGCCUCCCUGGUGAGGUUUGCGCUGCGGGGCAUGAAGACCUGUGACGAGUCUUCAAUAACAACCUCCAUAAAUCUCUUCAGUGUCGACUGCAUUGCCAACAUCUUGUACAUGGCAAGCCAAGAAAUGAUGAAGGUGGUGGAGAGAGACAGUACAACCAUAAAGCAAAAUUUAAAGAAGCUGAUUUUUUACUAUGGAACUGGGGACAGCUGGUGUCCACAGCACUACUAUGAUGAGAUCAAAAUGGAUUUUCCAGACGGGGACAUCCGGCUCUGUGAGAAGGGGCUCCGCCACGCCUUCGUGCUCGAUGCCAGUAAGGAGAUGGCUGCCAUGAUCACAGACUGGCUACAGGAUGAUCUGACCAAAUUAUAAACACUAAUUCAGUCAUCAACAAGAAAAUGAUGUAAUUAUUUUGUGAACGUGUAAAUUUUUUUUUGUGAGAGAAUCUGUCUAUUUUUGUUUGUUUGUUUACUAUAGAUUAUGGCUUGUUUUCUAAUGAGAUUUAGAGAAAGUUAAAGAGAGUCUGGCUGGUCCAAAGUAUAGUUUUAUUGACUCAGCGUAGUUUCAUCCUGAGUCUUCAGGACUCUGGAAGACUUGGCAAGGGUGGAAUAUUUAUUGUCUGCUGGCACUCUAGACAAUGCUGGUACAAUGGUACCUGAGCUACUACCACCCCACUCUCUGCUGGAGAAGUGUUGGAAUGUGGGUGGAUCCUGGCAAUGCAUCCUGGCAUUCUGUAAAAGGCCUGGCCCUCUCCUCGUGUCUCACCCAUGUGUGUCAGCCAGGUGCACGGCAGCCAGAACAGCCCAAGGCCCUGGACAACCCUGACUUUGUCUCCUCUGGGUCAGAGGGGGUUGGUGGUCAGGCUGAGUUCGGGAUGAGUUCAGGGAAGAUGUGUAGAUCAGGUGUGCAGUUUCUCCAAGUCUCAUCAGGGGUUUGAGGCACUGCCAGGACUCCACAGGGGAUGAGAAAUGCUGUAAAGUAUCUGUGGCUGCUCAGCAAGGGAAUACAUAAGGAUCUCUUACCUGGAA